UGUAUGUGACAGCAGGUGCCUCUUGUACCGUGUCCUUUACCGCUGUGUCCCCUCCGCUUAGUCAACCCCCGGGCACAUAGUAGGUCCUCAAUCAAUAUUUGCUGAAUGGUUUACUUACCAUGUACUCUUGAAGGUUUGCUUGCCUGAUAAUAAUUUAAGUAAUUUUUAAAUUUGCGGGAAACAUGACUACAGGGAUCCAAUGGCUGAAUCCCAGCUCCCGCAGCGGUUCAUUCGAGCAUCUUCGGUGCCAGGAGGCCUGCCAGCGAUGACCUUUCUUUUUUCUGCCCUCCUCCUUCCUCCCGUCUCCAGGAGGUAGAGGACCCAGUGGUCACGAGGUCGCGACAGUCCGCGCUGCGGUGGAGACGAGCGGGACGCGGGGAGAGAACUACAUUUCCCAGCUGACUCCCGUGCGCGCGCCCCUGCCCGCGCGCAGGGGGCGAGUGCGCCAGGCGCUCGCUCCCCGCAGAGCGCUCGUCGCCCGCCGGAGCUUCUGCCAGGAGAUGAGGUGGGAGGCGCUAAAAACCACUUAGCUAUAGCCAACCGCCCAAUGCAGCACUCGCUCGCUCCCCCCGCCAGCGGAAGCGCCCGCGGAGCACAAUGCAGCACUGAGGUAGCGCCGCGGUGGAGGCUGCAGCGCCGCGGCCGCCGCAGCACCGGCUAGGGCUGGGAGGGGGCGGCCCAGGCGAGCCGGGGGCCCCGGGCGCAGGAUCCGGACCCGGCUGCCCGGGCAUGAGGAGCUGAGCGUUUCGGGCGAGGCCGGCUGACAGGCAACACCAUGCAGGCGGCGGCGGCGGUUGUGACCGUGCCCUUCGUGCUGCUGUGCGCUCUGGGGACCUGUCCCCUGACGCGCUGCGGGCGGCCAGGAGACGCCUCGUUGACAGAGAUGGAGAGGAGGAACGAAAACCGCUUCCUGGAGCGCCAGAGCAUCGUUCCACUCCGGCUCAUCUACCGCUCCGGCGGUGAAGACGAAAGUGGGCACGACGAGCUCGACACGCGUGUGCGGGGCGACCCCGGCGGCGGGCAGUUGACUCACGUUGACCAGGCAAGCUUCCAGCUGGAUGCCUUUGGAACAUCGUUUAUUCUUGAUGUCCUGCUAAACCAUGAUUUGCUGUCCUCUGAGUACGUAGAGAGACACAUCGAACAUGGAGGAAAGACUGUGGAAGUGAAAGGAGGAGAACACUGUUACUACCAGGGCCACAUCCGAGGAAACCCUGUCUCAUUUGUGGCAUUGUCAACAUGCCAUGGACUUCAUGGGAUGUUCUAUGAUGGGAACCACACCUAUCUCAUUGAGCCGGAAGAAAAUGACACCUCCCAAGAGGAUUUCCGUUUUCAUUCGGUUUACAAAUCCAGACUGUUUGAAUUUCCCUUGGAUGAUCUUCCAUCUGAAUUCCAACGAGUAAACAUCACUCCACCCAAAUUUAUUUUGAAGCCAACACCAAAAAGGAGUAAACGGCAGCUUCGUAGACGUCCUCGUAAUGUAGAAGAGGAAACCAAAUAUAUUGAACUGAUGAUUGUGAACGAUCAUCUCAUGUUUAAAAAACAUCGGCUCUCAGUUGUACAUACCAACACGUAUGCGAAAUCUGUGGUGAACAUGGCGGAUUUGAUAUAUAAAGACCAACUUAAGACAAGGAUAGUAUUGGUUGCCAUGGAAACCUGGGCGGCUGACAACAAGUUUGCCAUAUCUGAAAAUCCAUUGAUCACCCUGCGUGAGUUUAUGAAAUACAGGAGGGAUUUUAUCAAAGAGAAAAGUGAUGCAGUUCACCUUUUUUCGGGGAGUCAAUUUGAGAGUAGCCGGAGCGGGGCGGCUUAUAUUGGUGGGAUUUGCUCGUUGCUGAAAGGAGGAGGCGUGAAUGAAUUUGGUAAAACGGAUUUAAUGGCAGUUACACUCGCCCAGUCACUAGCGCAUAAUAUUGGUAUUAUCUCAGACAAAAGGAAGUUAGCAAGUGGCGAGUGUAAAUGUGAGGACACAUGGUCUGGAUGCAUAAUGGGGGACACAGGGUAUUAUCUUCCUAAGAAGUUCACCCAGUGUAAUAUUGAAGAGUAUCAUGACUUCCUGAAUAGUGGAGGUGGUGCCUGCCUUUUCAAUAAACCUUCUAAGCUUCUUGAUCCUCCUGAAUGUGGCAAUGGCUUCAUUGAAACUGGAGAGGAGUGUGACUGUGGGACCCCGGCAGAAUGUGUCCUUGAAGGAGCAGAGUGUUGUAAGAAAUGCACCUUGACUCAAGACUCUCAAUGCAGUGAUGGUCUUUGUUGUAAAAAGUGCAAGUUUCAGCCUAUGGGAGCUGUGUGCCGAGAAGCAGUAAAUGAUUGUGAUAUUCGUGAGACCUGCUCAGGAAAUUCAAGCCAGUGUGCCCCAAAUAUUCAUAAAAUGGAUGGCUAUUCAUGUGAUGGUGUUCAGGGAAUUUGCUUUGGAGGAAGAUGUAAAACCAGGGAUAGACAGUGCAAAUACAUCUGGGGGCAAAAGGUGACGGCAUCAGACAAAUACUGCUAUGAGAAACUGAAUAUUGAAGGGACGGAGAAGGGUAACUGUGGAAAAGACAAAGACACAUGGAUACAGUGCAACAAACGUGGAAUCCCAUUUUCUUUUUGCUCUCAAUUUAUUUUUAGUGGUGGGCAUGUUAAGCUCGAAGAAGAUGUAGACCUUGGCUAUGUGGAAGAUGGAACACCCUGUGGUCCCCAAAUGAUGUGCUUAGAACACAGAUGUCUUCCCGUGGCUUCCUUCAACUUCAGUACUUGCUUAAGCAAUAAAGAAGGCACUGUUUGUUCAGGAAAUGGAGUUUGCAGUAACGAGCUGAAGUGUGUGUGUAACAGACACUGGGUGGGUGCAGACUGCAGCACUUUCUUCCCUCACAAUGAUGAUGCAAAGGCUGGUAUUACUCUGUCUGGCAACGGUGUUGCUGGUACCAAUAUCAUAAUAGGCAUAAUUGCUGGCACCAUUUUAGUGCUGGCCCUCAUUUUAGGAAUAACAGCAUGGGGUUAUAAAAACUAUCGAGAACAGAGACAGUUACCCCAGGGAGAUUAUGUAAAAAAGCCUGGAGAUGGCGACUCUUUUUAUAGCGACAUUCCUCCUGGAGUCAGCACAAACUCAGCAUCUAGUUCUAAGAAGAGGUCAAACGGACUCUCUCAUUCUUGGAGUGAAAGGAUUCCAGACACAAAACAUAUUUCAGACAUCUGUGAAAAUGGGCGACCUCGAAGUAACUCUUGGCAAGGUAACCUGGGAGGCAACAGAAAGAAAAUCAGAGGAAAAAGAUUUAGACCUCGGUCUAAUUCAACUGAGUAUUUAAACCCAUGGUUCAAAAGAGACUAUAAUGUAGCUAAGUGGGUAGAAGAUGUGAAUAAAAACACUGAAGGACCAUACUUUAGGACUUUAUCUCCUGCCAAAUCUCCUUCUUCGUCAACUGGAUCUAUUGCUUCCAGCAGAAAAUACCCCUACCCAAUGCCUCCCCUGCCCGAUGAGGAGGAGAAAGUGAACCGACAAAGUGCCAGGCUAUGGGAGACAUCCAUUUAAGAUCAACUGUUUACAUGUGAUACAUCGAAACUGUUUACUUCAACUUUUAUAGAAAGAAACCCAGCCUCACGGAAUCACUGCAAAUCUAUCUGCUCUUCAGACAAUUCGAAAACAUCACUGAAUGCCACAGAGGGGAGGAAGUCGAGUCUCACAUCUGGAUAUCACUUUCUUUUUGUCAUUGGCUUAGGAUUUAACUGAACCAUGAAGAGAACCACUGAAAUGUGACACUAUAACAUGGAACAGUAAAGGUACUGGUAUGUUCAUGGAUAAUCCGCAUGACAGAUACAUGUAGAAAUAUCACUAAACUUAACUCACACGACCCAAAUGUAGCAAGUUUCCUAAGGGACAGUAGUGGAUUCAGAACUUGCCAUUCUGAAGCCCAUCCUCAUUGUAGACAGUAAUGCUCUGUGCAUGAAGCUUCUGUUUAUUGUUUUCCACAUUUAAGGAAACAACAUCUCAUAAUAGAAACUAGCAUGCAGGGCUAAGGCAUCUAGGGUUUUUCUCUGCAGGACUUUAAAGCUUGAGAGGCCAAUAUCCUAUGCGCUCACUGUAAACAUGUAUUUUUUAUUUUAUUUUAUUUUUUACUUUUCAUAUUUAUUAUCAGCAUCCAAGGACCAUUGUACAUAUGUAAACAUUUUUAAAAUUAAAAAAAAAGCAGCUGUUACACACAAAUGUAUUUUGCCAAAUGCCUAACGACAGUCAGUCACCAUCAUCCACCAGAUGGUCUUUAAAGAUUAUAAGCAGAUGAUGUUGUAAAUAUCGUAGUCAGUGCUGUAUAUGUGUCUCCCUAUAAUUGAUACUUGUCCAAAACAUGUGAUAUCCCUUUAAGCUGUGUGCAGUCCAGAGGCAGUUUUAUUGAGUAAUUAAUUGAACAAGAGAACAAAAUGCCCAGUAAAACCUAGGGCCUUUGCAGCCUGCUGGGCCAGGAAUCCGGUGGUGCCGCUGCUGUCCGGCCUCCAGGUGCGCCACUGUUCCCUGGGAAUCCUCCAGCCUGUCCCCUUUCCUUCUGGGGGCUUCAGUGCCUGCCUCAGCACCUAUUAGUUCUCGGUUCCAGAGCACACCUGCUGACCUCACCCUGGGGGCCUGCGAGCCCCACAGCAGCGUGUCCUGCUGGGAUUAAGCAAGUGCACCAAAGACAUGGGAGACCACAGCUGCUGCAGCACUGGUAGCCUCCGACAUGCCAGUCCUCAGACCCUUUGUGGCCUAAACUUUGGUUCUUUUACAAAACUUUUUAGCCAUCCUUAUUUGUGACAUGAAUGACUUGUUUUAGUACAAACAACUUUUACCCUGUUUGUUAAGGGUUUUUUAUCAGCGGUGGGAUAUGAGUCCCAACAGGUCAUUCUGCACUGACUUGUAUGUAAGUGGUGGAAGUUUCCACCAGCUGGGCUGGGAAGCCGCAACAGGCCACCGAGGGUUGACAGAAACAUAAAACCAGGAGUGCGCAGCCAUGGUGAAGUCACCCAAACAGCUGUCACAGGGAAGAAUCUGACGUUCUGAACUCUGUAUUUUUUUAAUCCAUGGGAAAGUAAGAAAUCUACUUUAAAUCCCCUUCUUUAAAACCAAAGUUUGAUGGCUGUCAUUGUGCAGCUCUAUCAUUCUGAAAGAAAACUUCUCUCGGGAGGCUACACUAGUAAGCUCAGAAAUUGAUGGGAUCAGUCAAAUUCUUUGUUGUGACCAGUAACUCUGAAUUUCCUCAUUUUCUCUCCUUGGUCUUGAGAGGAAUAGAAUAUGCAGAUAAAAUUUUAGAAAUGUCCUCUAAAUUUGAUCUCUCCCAGUAGUGUCCAAGGACAAGGUCCAUUUCAUCUCCACGUGUAAUGAUCUUGGAGGCCUACACUGAAUGGCUCAGUUAGAAGGCGGUGUUCUAUACUCUGUGUUUAUGGCUUCUCUAAAGGACCUCUCUUCUGAAAGUCUGAAAACAUUUGAAAACAGUUUAAUCCACCAAAAUGAUAGACAGCAUUUUUUCAUGACAGGAAGGGAUGUGAUUGUCAAGACAACAAUAAAUGAUCCAUCAGAGACUAAAGUCUGGAUGAGCAGUGGGUGGUGUGUUGCCACGGAGCUCAGCCGAGGACAGGAGGGCAGACAGAUUUAAAGAUGUAGCAAAGAAAGUGGCUUUUGCCCAACAUCACUUUUAUGUGCACUGAACGUUUUCUGGAAUUGAGUGUAUAAAAGGCUAAUGUUAUAAGGUUUAUUUUGACUAUAAUAGAGUUUAUAGAUUUGAAUGUAAGGUACCUCGUGUAAAUACGCUUCCUAGUUACGGUUACACAUCCCUGAUUUGGAAGAAUCCACAAGUAAUUAGCUAUGUAGUCAACAGAUCCCUUCCCCCUUCUCCCUCUUUCCUCACCUUCUCAAUUAUUUUUACUUGAAAAUGACUAUUUCAAGUGAAAACUCAUUACCUGUGCCUUUUGGGAGACAUGGUGGCUCUAGAGGUACAUAGCUUAUAGUCAGCUUCCUCAGUAAUAACCUUCACAGGGAACUGACCGAAAAGUGUUUUGUUUGCAGAGAGAUUAUGAUUUUAUAGUAGCUUUAAUGUGCUAUUCUGGAUAUCUGCUCUCGACAGGGAUGCUUAAACAUUCUUACAGCCAUUUGCAGAAUUCUUUGACAAGUUUAUCAUUUCUGUAGAUAGUUUUGAGAAGUACCCAUCCAUGUGCUUAUGGUUGGUGUUUUUAGAUGUAUUAAAGCUAAAUAUUCAUGGCUUUUCAUCCACUGAGGCAGAGAAAAUGGACUCAUGGCACUAAACACAAGCACAGCAUUAUUUUUAUUAUUUUUUUGGAUAUUUAUUUUGGAGAGGAACUUUGAGGCCACAUAGUAGUUUAUAUCAUGCAACAAAUAUUUAUACACCCCAGUCAACUAUAGGACUAUUAUACCAAGCAGAGAAAAGCAGUUGUUUGGCCUUUAUGUUCCAUUGUAUGCCUUUUUCCUCUCUUUCUAAAGUUUUGUGUGUAGAUAAGACUUCAGAUUGACGGCUCUGCAACCUGAGAUGUUCCAUUUACCCAUGGUCAUUCCAGUGCAGUAAACUCUGAUUUAAGGAAACACUUUUCAAUCUCUCCACUAAGAGUGUCCACAAAGGAGGUGUGGGUACCAGGGAGCCCCGAGGGAACAGACGGGUCAGACUGACUGGCCUCUGUGCGGCCGGCCAGUCUUUCUUUAGACGGGAAGUGGCAUCCUCCCCUGGGGUCUCCCAGCUAGAAAGCGAUCCCCUGGCCACAUGUCAUCUGUGGAAAGGAAUAAACUCUGUUUAAACAGUGAGGCAUCAUUAGGGCUUUCAACUUGCUGUGGUUGCUGUAGUUUCUAAAGAAAUCUAGUGCUGCUCCUUAAAAAAAAAAAAAAAGAAAAAAGUUGACUAAUAAAGUAGAUGCAAGGUUAAAAUGCCGAACAUAUGUUUCAGUUUGAUAUAUAGGUGCUUUAUUAAGUGAGGCUACAGUUUCUCUGUUUCUCUCACCCUUGCUUUAAAAAGGCUUUUAAAUUGUGUUAAUACAUAACGUCAAUCCAGCAUAGAUUCCUGAACGUAAGAUUGACAGGGUUUCUAAAAGAAGUUGCUGAAAAGGCAGAACUAGGUGUUGCACGCACUUCCACAGAAGGACAGUUUAUGUUUGAAUUCUAAAACAAGGCUUGUAUUUCUUACAUUUCUCUUUUUCCUGUUGAUCCUCUUGCAGAUUUGCAUAAUUGAAUCUAGUCCUUUGUCUUAUAUCUCUUGUGGCUCCUUUACCUGUUACAUUUUUAGAUUUUCUUCUUUACUUUUUAUAGUUACGUAUAGGCCAGAGCAAAUACGGUAUUUCUAAUCACUUCCAGUGUUUCAAAAUCAAGUUUAUUUACUAAUCUCAUCCGUUCUUUAUUUCCUGUUGUCAUGGCUCUAUUUUAACAUUUAUAUUUAGUGCUUUAAAUAUUACCUUGUGUUACUAAACAUGGUAAUACAUCCCUACCUAAAGAGAAGACUAUUUUAUUUUACUUUAUUUUACUUCAACUUAAAGGAAAAGGAAUUUAUUGGAAUUUACUGAGUAGCUUGCUGGGUAUUUGGGACGGACAGAACAGUGAAGCACGGAGUAAACGUGAUGAAGGCGUGAAGGGAGGCAGGACAGCUCCCCGCCAGCCUGAUAGGACGCCUCCUGUGGGCAGCAUGUUUUAAAUGCCAUCCUACCAGUCAGUAAAUUGGCAUGAAUUUUGCCUGAAACGCUCUGACUCCCAUCUGCAAGCCUUAUUAUCUACUUUUUAUGCUUCUAAUUAUCUUUUUCCUUUCAUGUCUGUGUUUUCCUCUAAAACCUGACACUCAAAUGCUUUUUUUUCUUAAAUGAAUUUCUUACUCUGUCAGCUUAAAAUAAAUAUGAAGCAAAUAUUGCUAUGGAAUAGGGCUCAACUGGUGGCUCCAGCUUUUAACUUUUCCAAAUGGAUAAGACUAUUCUGAUUUCAGAGGCAGCAACUUUUCCUCCAGCACAGGCUAGCUUCGUAACGGCUUCUCCUGUGUACUGGAUCGCCAGGCCCCCAGCCGGCUCUGAUGAGAAUCAGCUGAGAUGCCGCCCACUGGGCUCUGCGGGCGCCGGGCAGGGGUGGGGUGGGGUUCACAGCAGCCACACCUGCUAGGAACCUUUGGCACAUGCUUUGUGGGCAGGUGUUUUUAAUUCUAGGAGGAAUUUUCAACCAGGCCUGCAAAUGCGGAGCAAGGAAAGAUGCAGCGGGACCUUGGAAAUCAGGAGAUAAUACUUCUGUUAAUAUUUUAUUCGUUGCUUUGUCAGAGUCCCCCAAAUGGAGUAUCUUCUGGUUCAGUUUAGAUGUAGAAAAACAAAAACCUGCCCAGUAUUUUUGUCUUCAGUAUCCAGAGCCUGACCAACAGUAAGCAUCCUCACUGUGGGUUUGAGAGAUCUUUCCUCACUACUUCCAAAGUGGCUCCACCUCCAGUAGUGGUCAGCUCUUUUCUCCUGACUAGGAACUUUGACUGCCAUGAAGGUAAGUCCCUUCUUUGCUUAAAGUGGCCCGUGGGGAACCACUGAGGUGCGGGACCAGGGGCUAGAGGCACUUUGCGUGGAUCGUGCAGUUUGCGAAGUCACUGAGAGACUGGUUCUCAGGGUGUGUUUCAGGAUGUGGAGGAGGUGAGCAGCAGCGAGCCUUGGGAGGUUGUGGGGCAUUCAGCCCCCGCAGGGGAGCAGAAAGCUGAGCCACACAAAGAGCUCAGAAGCCAAGAGCACAAGUUGGCCACUGGUGGUGUGGUAGGGAGAGAGGUGCCGAGUGCCUACGGCAGGCCUGUGUGCCUUGCAGUUUUACUGAGUGUUGGCUGUAUGAAUACUCCAUUGUCCAGGUGCGAUGGGCCAGUCACUCCUGCCUGGUGAGUCCCUGUUGCAUUGUCCAUAGAACCUGUAUCGUACCUGGAGGUACUUCAAAGCUGGCAAGGUUUUGGUUUAAGGACAUCAUCAUUUCAUGUUUUUUAGGUAUCCUUGAAAUCAAAAUGAGGAAACAAGUGUGUUUUGUUUUUGUUUUUUACAAAAAGGCAUACAAUGAGACUAGUGACGUGAAGAUAAUGUGCUCACAAAUUUAUCAAUACAGCUUUUAAAGAGUUCAUGAAGAAAAGGGCAUUUUCCUCUCAAGUUAAAAAAAUACACGUGCAUAUAAUACUAAUCUACGUUUACUUUAGGGCUUAGCCUCUCUUUUUACGAAGUUUCAGAUGUAGAUUUGUGUUUUGGUAGUCAGGCUCUAAAAAAAUUGCAAACAGCCCCCAAAAUCUUUAAACCCAGAGGUGCUAAGUUAUACCAGAUGACACCAAACAGAAAGUGCUGAUAGGAAUUAAUACAUUUAUUCAGUAAUAACACAAGAAUUCUUGCUAAAUUAUACAUGUGUAUCACUGCCUGCUGAGAAACCCCACUUUUCUUUUCUAAUCCAGCACAAAAUCCAACUGUGAUUCUACAGCCAGUCUUUUUACUAUGUAAAAAUGACCCAACAUCUUUGUUUUGUAUGGAAGGCUUUUUUUUUUAAACACUAAUUUCAAAAGUGCUCAGCAAAUGUUUAUUCAGAAUAAUAAGCAUGUACUCCUUUUUUAACUUGCUGGAAGAGACUUGCCCCUCCAACCACACAUCACAAAAAGACAACUCAACUCCUUUUAGAAACUGAGCAUUUUACCUAAACAGAGCAGUUUGUAUGUUUGCCAAAGUAGGUCUCACUCGUGUUCUCCAUGUCCCUCAUCUUCAAGGGGUGAUGUUCUAUCUACAGCUAGCGGAAGCCACUUGGUGGGGAAGUGUUGACAGCAGCACGGUUUCACUUUCGGUAACCAGGGAAUCACGUGUAUAUACUUAGGUUGGCUUCUUUUUAAUGUUAUAGUCUCUCCGCUACUCCGCACUUGGGGUUCGUCAGCUAUCUGAAACAUUACUGGGUUUUGGCAAACAGCAACUGAAACAUACAUGGCAGCUGCUUUCCAGAGCAAGCGCGAUUUGGUUCAUGGCUGUUCAAGUUAUAACGUUGUUCUUAUGCUGUAGGUCAACAAAAUCUUGCUGUUUUUAAAGGUCACUGUUAACAUAAGGUUCAAAUCUCUGGCACAAUUUUAUUAGUGUUCACUUCUGAAGCUAAUAAGGUACCACAGUUUUCUAUGUUACUCUUCAUUGUAACAUCAAUAAAGUGACUUUCAAUAAAAGAUUUAUGUUAUUUUG